AUGGUUGUUGUCCUCUCUGACUGGGUCGGUCCUGCUCAACUUCCACGCUCUCUGGCACUGACCAUGGUUGUGCUCGGUUUGCUCAUCUCUCCCGGCCAAUUCGCAAUCGGUUAUUUGUCUGAUGUCACCAACGACUACGUCUGGCCGAUGCGAGUGUGCUUCUUCAUGCUCAUUUUGGCCGGCUUAUUGCUCCUCUUGGAGUUCCCUGUGCGUUUGUACUACUCCCGCCGUGCACGUCGUCAUUACUUAUCCGUGUCCGGUAUAAAUCCUCUGCUCGCAUCACAUGACAAACUGGCCAUGAAUGGAAUCAAUGGACCGCACACGGUGAUGAGCGAUUGUUGGCAGGUUGUGGAUUCGGAAGAGGAAGACAAUGCUGGUCUGAACAAUGACGCUGUAGUGGAUGAUGAUGAUGAUAACGACAGCCAGGACGAGGAGGAGUCUUCCGGACUGCCGAAUACCACUCAAAUGCAUCUAAUCCAAUCGGGUAUCACCCCUGUACCCGCGCAUUUGGCCCUAGUUGACGGGGCGGUUCCCCCGUCAACCCUGUUUGUUUGUUCCCAAGAAGAACACUCUGACGAUUGGAAUGAUCUUGAGGGUGUUUAG